AUGUGGCUGUUUGAGGCAGGCACAGGCACCACAGCCUUUGACUCUUCAACUUACCAGCGAAACGGCCUCCUCCGUGGUGGUGCCGCUUUCACCCCGGAUGCGCGCAUUGGUACCUAUGCCCUUGCCCUGGACGCAGGCACCACAUCCCAUGUCACCCUGCCCUGCGUCGGUCUCUCUAGCUCGGGCGAGACACGAGCACUCUGGCUCAAGUCAGACGCCACGCUUCAGGCCAUGUCGCUUCUGUCAUAUGGUCACUCGGCUGUUGGUGGUGUCAUGAGCUAUGAGUUCCGCCUGGUCCAGGGCUGCCCUCAAGUCUUUGUUUACGAUGGCUUCUCACAGCAGAUUGUGGGUGGGCCUGGCGUGGUGGCCCCCGUCAAUGAUGGUCAGUGGCAUCAUGUUGCCUACACACUCAGCGUCGAUGGUCAGGCCAACAUCUACGUGGAUGGUGCCCCAGUGGCCUCUGCCACAGACUUGGACCUGGCUGGUCUCGUCUUGCUCGAUGCCAUUGACAUUGGUCGUCGCAGCGUUGGCACUUCGAGCGCUCUCUACUUUAACGGCCGUCUCGACAAUGUCCUGCUGGAGCACCGCGAGCUUUCUGAAGCUGAGAUUAUGGCGCUUGCCUUCCCUCCCACGACAACGACCACCAUUCCUACCACCUCAACGGCUGAUCUCACCACCACCACCACCACCACCACCACCACCGCUACGACAACCGCCGCUCCCGUAACCACGACUGAGAGCACCACCACCACCACUGCUCCCGACGGCAGCGGGGAUGGAAGCACCACCACCGCGCCCCCCACAUCGACCACGGGCUCAGCCACCAUGACCACCACUGGCCCAACUCUUUCAUCGCCCCCUUCAACAUCAACCGCCACCACCACCCAGACUACCACCACCAACACACCUACUACUACUACUACUACUACUACUACUACUACUACUACUACUACUACUACUACUACUACUACUACUGCUGCUGCUACUACUACUACUACUCAAAGUACAACCACAACGCCUGCAGCCUCCCUACAAGGCAUGUGGCUGUUUGAGGCAGGCACAGGCACCACAGCCUUUGACUCUUCAACUUACCAGCGAAACGGCCUCCUCCGUGGUGGUGCCGCUUUCACCCCGGAUGCGCGCAUUGGUACCUAUGCCCUUGCCCUGGACGCAGGCACCACAUCCCAUGUCACCCUGCCCUGCGUCGGUCUCUCUAGCUCGGGCGAGACACGAGCACUCUGGCUCAAGUCAGACGCCACGCUUCAGGCCAUGUCGCUUCUGUCAUAUGGUCACUCGGCUGUUGGUGGUGUCAUGAGCUAUGAGUUCCGCCUGGUCCAGGGCUGCCCUCAAGUCUUUGUUUACGAUGGCUUCUCACAGCAGAUUGUGGGUGGGCCUGGCGUGGUGGCCCCCGUCAAUGAUGGUCAGUGGCAUCAUGUUGCCUACACACUCAGCGUCGAUGGUCAGGCCAACAUCUACGUGGAUGGUGCCCCAGUGGCCUCUGCCACAGACUUGGACCUGGCUGGUCUCGUCUUGCUCGAUGCCAUUGACAUUGGUCGUCGCAGCGUUGGCACUUCGAGCGCUCUCUACUUUAACGGCCGUCUCGACAAUGUCCUGCUGGAGCACCGCGAGCUUUCUGAAGCUGAGAUUAUGGCGCUUGCCUUCCCUCCCACGACAACGACCACCAUUCCUACCACCUCAACGGCUGAUCUCACCACCACCACCACCACCACCACCACCACCGCUACGACAACCGCCGCUCCCGUAACCACGACUGAGAGCACCACCACCACCACUGCUCCCGACGGCAGCGGGGAUGGAAGCACCACCACCGCGCCCCCCACAUCGACCACGGGCUCAGCCACCAUGACCACCACUGGCCCAACUCUUUCAUCGCCCCCUUCAACAUCAACCGCCACCACCACCCAGACUACCACCACCAACACACCUACUACUACUACUACUACUACUACUACUACUACUACUACUACUACUACUACUACUACUACUACUACUGCUGCUGCUACUACUACUACUACUCAAAGUACAACCACAACGCCUGCAGCCUCCCUACAAGGCAUGUGGCUGUUUGAGGCAGGCACAGGCACCACAGCCUUUGACUCUUCAACUUACCAGCGAAACGGCCUCCUCCGUGGUGGUGCCGCUUUCACCCCGGAUGCGCGCAUUGGUACCUAUGCCCUUGCCCUGGACGCAGGCACCACAUCCCAUGUCACCCUGCCCUGCGUCGGUCUCUCUAGCUCGGGCGAGACACGAGCACUCUGGCUCAAGUCAGACGCCACGCUUCAGGCCAUGUCGCUUCUGUCAUAUGGUCACUCGGCUGUUGGUGGUGUCAUGAGCUAUGAGUUCCGCCUGGUCCAGGGCUGCCCUCAAGUCUUUGUUUACGAUGGCUUCUCACAGCAGAUUGUGGGUGGGCCUGGCGUGGUGGCCCCCGUCAAUGAUGGUCAGUGGCAUCAUGUUGCCUACACACUCAGCGUCGAUGGUCAGGCCAACAUCUACGUGGAUGGUGCCCCAGUGGCCUCUGCCACAGACUUGGACCUGGCUGGUCUCGUCUUGCUCGAUGCCAUUGACAUUGGUCGUCGCAGCGUUGGCACUUCGAGCGCUCUCUACUUUAACGGCCGUCUCGACAAUGUCCUGCUGGAGCACCGCGAGCUUUCUGAAGCUGAGAUUAUGGCGCUUG